GCAGUGCGAAGUCUCGCGACCCUGCCGCAUUAGCAGCACCACUUGAUGCACAUUCAUUUAACAGCGCACUUCAUCAUUCUUUGUUUGCCACAAAGACUGUUCAUGCGAAAUGGAUAACCUAGACAGUUUUUUGGAGGAACAGAUAACCAAAGUGGCUAAAGAGAGGGCAUGUUUGGAAGAGGAGGAUCCACCUUACAUGACAAUCAAGACAAAGGCAGACAAUGUAAACUCUGUAAAGGAGAACGCUGCUCCAUUUGACUGGGCAUCAACUCAGAGAAGACUUCCAAACCCUGGCAGAGAGGAGAGUUCAGGAUUAAGUUUGCAGUUGGGAGCAGAAUAUGAGCAGAAGAAGCAAAAACUUCAGCAAGAGCUUCGUUUGGACUACAGAAGAUAUGUGGCUCAGAAAAAGGAUCUACACGCUGGGGAGCCCGGCCCACAGGCUCAAGGCCUCUCCUUACCCAUUGGUGAGAGGAGAUUUGCUAAGGACAAAUUAAGGGAUGAAAGACAGAAGGAAUACAACCUCUUCCUUAAAGGACGGUCAGGGCACAUAAGGAGUCCAUCUUCAAAUGCCUCUCAGGUGCAGGCCCCGGAGACUGUGAGUCCAGCUGUACUUUAUUCUCCCCCAGCCAUCCCAGAGGCCCAGUAUAACACCCAGGUUAACCGUGGAGGCCUGCCUUGGGAAAGAAUCCCAGAGGCCCAGCAUAACACCCAACUUAACCAUGGAGGCCAGCCUUGGGAGCGACUCCCAUCCAGGAGGGACGCUGCAACCCUAACCGACAGGGGGACAGAGGGUCAGGCCCCACGAGGGCGGAGGCGCUGGGAGCUCCACAGACCAGAGGACUCCCUGGAGCGCUGGGAGAGAAGGAGGCCCAGGAGGAGAAGUAGGCGCAGGGAUGAGUACAACUCUGAGGAGGAAGAAGAGGAGUUUGAGUUCUUGGAGAGGGGGAGACCCAGACAGAGCCGAGAGCCAGAGUAUACUGGGAGAAGAGAGAGGAACAUAGUUUAUCACAGCCCUGACAGAGUUCUGCGGGAGAGGAGGGAGGUAGAGCCCCCUGUUGUCCAUGAAGAGGACUUCAGAGACCGGAUCAGAAAGACCCAGUCGGUGACACCAAAACCCAAUGCUGUGAUGCCAGCGUCCAUGAAGACCACCGAGAGAUCCAGGUCUGCAGCACACAAGGACAAGGCCGAGUUUUUCACGGGACUCAUGAUCGGGGCAACAGAGGGGGAUGUGGCCACACAGAGGAGGAAGGACCGCUACAGACAGGAGCUACUGGAACAGAUGGCUGAGGGGCAGAGGAACAAAAAGAAGGAGAAGGAUCUUGAGCUGAGGGUUGCUGCCACUGGGGCUAAUGAUCCAGAGAAACAGCCUGACCGCAUUAAGCAGUUUGGGGCGGUGAACCGCGAAUAUGAGGGCCGGAGACGUGACGUCCCCUAUAGACCCGGAGUAGGCCUGGAUGCCCUGGGGACCAACUCUAGCCCCAGGCCCCGCCAGGAGAGGCCCGAGGCGGGCACAGAGGAGAGAGGUCCCCCUGGGAGGCCCCGUGUUGCCUUCCCCUCUCCUCCAAUGGACUACACUAACGUCCUGGGCCAACUAACAGGGGCAGGGGGGCCGCGGUUAGGGAUGGGGGCUGGAGCGGGAGCAGGGGCAGGCAUGGGGGUGCCUGGGGUCGCCCCUCUCAAUGAAGACUUCCACAGGAGCCUCUCUAGUACCCUGGGAGAGAUAAUCGCCCCAAGAAUUGCUAGCUUACCUCCUCCAUUGCCGCCCACUCUAACUGAUGCCUACAGGACUCCAUAUGAUGAGGCCUAUUACUACUAUGGAGCAAGAAAUCCUCUGGACCCAAAUGUGCCCUACUAUGGACCUUGGGGAAGUGGAGGGCAGCCCAUGGUCUUCCCAAAUCUGCCUCCAGGAAUGAUGCCUCCACCUGGACAUCAAGGGGCCCGAGGAGCCAAUUGGCAUGAUGUGGCCCCCCCUGGAGCUGUGCUGGGUGUCGGAGCUAUAGGAGAGAGGCCCAAGCAGUCCAAGGAGAGUGUGUUGAACUACCAGGAAGCACUGAGACAACAGGAAGAGAUCAGGCGAGAGUGGAGUCAGCACUUUUCCAAGAUCCAGGAAAGAGAGGAGCGAAAAAGACAGGAGCGGGAGGAGAGGGAUCGCUAUGAUGCCAAGAUGGAGGCGGAGAUGAAGGCCUAUGACCCCUGGGGGAAGGGGGGAGGAGGGGCCCCUCUCAAAGACGACAGGGGAAACCUCAUCAGUGAUCUGAACAGAAUGCACAGGACCAACAAGGAGGCAUAUGUGAACCCAGAGUCCAGGGACAGGAGAUGGCCACAGGGCUCUGUAGGCAGGAUUGGAGGAGGAGGGGGACCCACCCCCAGGGGAAUAUCAGGUUUCUCCUUUGCCCAGACGUCUCAGUUUGCCCGAAGCAACGUGUUCAGUGAUCAGCCUACUCCAAAGCAGCUCCAGGAGCAGGACACAUACAAAGACUACCUGAAGCAGCAGAUCGAGGAGAAGAGGAGGAAGGAGGCGAAGGAGAGGGACCGUGAAAGGAUGGAGGAGGAGAGGGAGGAGAAGAGGCUAGCAGAGCAGAGGGUUCUUAUCCAGCAGGAGUUUGAGGAGGAGCAGCAGGGGAAGAAACGGAAGGAGAUCGAGCAAAGUGUCAAGAAUGAAGAGCUGAUCCGCCAGGCUGAGGAGCGCCGUAAGGAGGCGGACAGGAAGAGCAGGGAGGAGGAAGAGCGUCAGAGCGAGACCCUGAGACAGCAGGUUGAGAGGGAAAGACAGGCGCGGAAGGCAGAGAGCCAGAGGGAUCCGUCACCACCUAUCCCAGCCCUGCAGAAGAGACUGGGGAAGCAGCACCUCACUCCCAGACCUCCCUCUGCUGUCAGCCAGCUCUCUUCUAGGGCCCUGUCCGAACGUUCUAUGUCUGCACCACACUCUCCACCUGUACCUGCCAGGAGAAACCAGCUCCGAGCCACAGAGGACCAGCAGCAGGGUGUGAUCAGUGAGUUGUCCACGCUGCGGAGGCAGCUGCAGAGCGAACAGAGACGGCUGGAGGGGCAGCUGCUGCAGAGUAACAGAGAGGAGACAGACACACCCCUUUACACCAGGCACAGAGGGCGCCCCCAUGGGGACGUGUUGGAGAUGGCACGCAUCAGAGCCCAGGGGUCAUCCAGAAGACCCAACUCUGGAACGGCUGCUGCAGCUGCCCAUGUCAACAUGCAGAACAUCAGGGAGUUCAACCAGCUCAAAUACAGAGACAGCGCAUCUCGUGAGGAGGUGCGUCACGUGUACCCCGACACCCCCAGUGAUGAACACAGUCUGGACAUCCAGCAGCAGGCUCUGCUCAGGGAGCAACAACGCAGGAUCAGGAUCAUGAGGAGAGGAGGAGAGUCAGACUACUUUGAGCCGUCUGUGGAGCGACAGCCUCAUCAUCAUCCUAGGGAGAAGCCAGGCCGAGACCACCAGAGAGUCUCUUUAUUGGAGUCAGAGAGUGCUUUUAUUGAUUACCCCAAUGGUGAUGCAGGGUCCCCAUCCCCAGGGCAAGCCCAGGUUAACCUGAGGUCCAGACAGCCCUCAGCCCAGGAGAGGGAGAGCAGGAGGCCCGCGAGGAGAAGAGACUUUGAGGAUGACAUGGUGACUCCCGGGGGUCAGAGGGAUGACGAGGGUAAACUGGACGCCCAGUCUCUAUUCUCUGUGACCAGCCUGAACAUUGAGGGGGUCAAGGACCGCAACCAGAGACGUAUCCGCAGACUGGAUGACCUCAACGACCACGACUGGAGAUCAGGAGGGCUGUCAGCCGAUGAAGGGGACCACCUCUCGCUGCGGUCCACCCCAUACCACCCGGACAGGCGUGUGUCUGUGGAGACUGUUGCCACGGAGCCCUGGCUGCGACCUGGCACAUCGGACACGCUGAAGCGGUUAGGGGCGGGUCAGAACCGGAGAGAGAGGCCAGUUACUAGAGACAUCUUGGACGGGACGCGCCCUCUACCUACCAUGGAUGACCUGUGACCUUUUAGGUCUGUUGACCCGUCAUCUACACAUAGGAUCCCUUUUAUAAUGCACUACUUCUGACUAGAGCCUGUUGAUUUCAAAGCCAAAGAGGUGUAUUUUUUUAUAUGCAGUCGAUCCCCAUUUCUCAUUUUACAAAUUUAACAUGGAUGUUUUUUGCACUCUUCUGAUCCCGAGACAGAAAUGGCCCAUGUUUGUGCUUUUUACUCAGAAAAAAAUAUGAAUGUAGCUUAUGUAUGUGUACAUUUUGAACCUAUACAGCCCCCAGAGGAGACAUCCUAAUGGAGAUGAGAGAGGUAGUAGCGGAGAUAUUUCAGUCUCUGUAUACAACGGCUCUAGCCUGGGUACCAGUCUCUUUAGCUAACAUUCCACUCCUUGCCAUUGCCAAAGAGACUGGCCUUUCGGCAAUCUCAAUGUUCAAUAUGUAGCCGGAUUUACGGCGCAUUUGCUGAUUGGUAGUUGGAAACAACAUUCAUAUUUUCCAUGACAACGUUCCGGAACAUAGGGUGCGCUCAAAUUUGCCGCCAUAUAGAAUUAAAAUUGGUGGAUUAAUAGUCCAGCCUAUGAAUUAACUUCUAAUUUACACAUCUCUGUCUAAACUGUUCACUUCUUGUGCAAUUCAUGCAUCUCCGCUGGCAUCUCCACUGGGCUCUCUUCCAUCCUCUGUAUUCCUUUUAUAGCUCUUGAACCAGUAGCCUAGCCCAAUGCGUGUCGCAGAAGUAGCAAUAUACAAUAGUUUGGUCACUUAUUUUGAGCAUUGAAAAAUAUAUACACUACCGGUCAAAAGUUUUAGAACACCUACUCAUUCAAGGGUUUUUCUUUAUUUUUACUAGC